CUCCUCGCAAGCGCUCUACCAUGUCGCUCGCUCCCGCGCACACGCUGCUGCGCACGCACAUGCGCAUGCGUGCGCUGCACUCCGUCGGGCAGCAGACGCAGGCGCAGCAGCGACGCUCCCUCCGCUCCUCCUCUCGCACCUACGCUUCUUCCUCUUCGGGCAGCGGCAGCGGCAGCGGCAGCGCUCCCUCGGACGCCGACCUCUCGCGCGCCGCCUUCGCCCAACGGCAGCUGCUCUCUUCGCUGCGCGCCUCUUCCUCUUCCUCUGCCUCGGCGCUCGGCGCCGCCUCGCCCCCGGCCGAUCCACAUGCCAACGCUCGCGCCGCCCUCUCUGGCGCGGGCGCGAGAGGCGGCAUGUCAAUGGGCCUCGGCCUCGGCCUGGGCACGGGCAUGGGCAGCGGCGACGGCACGGGAGGCACAUUGGAUCGUGCGGCGGGCGGCGGCAAGAAGUGGAAGGAGCUUCGUGGUGGGCAGAAAGUGGUCAGGGCCGGUCUGACGACGUCGAGAUUGCUGCUGGUGCUGGUGGGAGGCGGCCUGACGAUCGCGGUGGGCUGGGCGGUAGGCUCGGAGCUGUUUGCGAGCAACUCGCCGACGGUGAUUUACAAUGAUGCGGUGAAGCGCGUGCGGAGGAGCGGCCAGAUCCAAGAGCAUCUCCUCCUGCCCUACCGCUUCUCCUCGUCCUCCACCUACUCCUCCGACUCUUCGCCUCUCAACCCCUCGGGCUCACGCGGUCGCAAGCGCGGCUCGCAAGUCUCGUCGCAGCUGGUCCGCGAGGGCAGCUCCGACGUGCUGCUCCUGCGCUUUUUCAUGCAGGCGCGCGAGAAGGACAAGGAGUGGACGUGGCUGCAGAGCGCGAGACAUGCAGUGGUGGAGGCGGGGGCACGCGUCAAGAUGGAGGCAGUGGCGCUGGCGAACCAGAUUGGCGACGCCAUCUCUCCUCAAGACGCAACGAGCGCGGCUGCUCAGGCGGUGCAGGAGGAGAAGAAGGCGGCAGGAGGCGGAUGGUGGAGCAACCCAUUCAAGAGCCUCAGGCAGGGAGUCGAGGCUCCGCUGCGAGCCAAGCCGACGCCGGGCACGUGGAGCAGCGGCGAGGUGCAUGCCGAGUUGACGCGCGACGAGGACGGCAUCUUCCAAUACCGCCGGCUGUACGUCGACAUCCCCUCGAGCCAAGCAGCGACGCGCAGCAGGGUGUGGCUGGUGCGCAGAGAGGGAGAGGUGGUGCGCUGAGGCGAGCUUCUUUCAUCGAGAGAGCAUCGGCGCAGAGGAGAGUCAUGGGCGAAGUGGAAGGAGAGAGGGCGAGCACAGCGGAAUCGCCAUCUUCAAGCACGGUCCUGAUCCUGAAAGCGAGAGCGAGUGAGGAGCCAAGGCUCGAGCAGAGCAGCGCCCGGAG